AUGCCCUCCAACAAAUACGGCGUUAUAGGCGCAACCUUCCAAGUCGCCCGAAUCUUCCAAGCUUGCUCCCUCAUCGCUGUAAUCGGCAUGACGGCCAACUUCAUCGCCGAAAUCGUCUCCAGCAGCGCCAAUCCACCCGGUGUAUUCAUCGGGACACUCAGCGUGACCUGCAUCGCGGUCAUCUACUGCGCCAUCUCCUUCAUCCUCUUCCUAGACGAUAUCCUCCCCUUUCUCGCCUGCGCAAUCAUGGAUGGACUCUUCCUCAUCGCUGUCAUUGUCGUCGCGGUGAUAAUCGGGAGACCGCUAUCAUACCUCAGAUGCGACGUGAUUGCGAACAUAACGGGCGAAAACUCGACUGCGUAUGCGUUUGCGACAAAUCUGGAUAGCUACCUUGCCCAUAUCGGUGGUAAGGUGAAUUAUAAGAAUUGGAUCGGGGCGUCGAGGGGUGUGUGUUUGGAGGCGAAGUCGAUUUGGGGGUUGAGUAUUGCUUUGUGUAUUCUAUUCUUCUUCUCGGUUAUCUCCUGUGUCUGCUUAUGGCGCCAAAAGAAGGCAGCUAGCGCUGGGGCGGAGAAGCUUGAGGGUUGA